AUGCCCGGCAAAGAGUCGGAGGAAGGGCCAGUGGAGGUGGCAGCUGCAGAAGAUGGAGCUGAGGAGGACCUGGGGGGCCUCACCAUGGAAGAGCUGCAGGAGGGCCAAGAGGCUGCGCUGGCCCUAGAGGACAUGAUGGCCCUGAGUGCCCAGACUUUGCUCCAUGCUGAGGUGGAUGAACUCUACCAGGAGGUGCGUCCACUGGGCCAGGGCCGCUUCGGCCGCGUAAUCCUGGUUACGCACCGUCAGAAAGGUACACACCUGGCUUUGAAGCAACUCCCGAAGACCUCCACGUCCCUCCGUGGCUUCCUGUAUGAGUUCUGCGUCGGCCUCUCACUGGGCACGCAUGCAGCCAUUGUGGCGGCCUACGGCAUUGGCAUCGAAUCAGCCAACUCCUACAGCUUCCUGACAGAGCCUGUCCUCCAUGGGGACCUCAUCACCUACAUCAAGCCGAAGGUAGGCCUUCCGCAGCCGGCUGCCAAGCGCUGUGCCAGCCAGCUGGCCUGUGCACUGGAGCACAUUCACUCCCAGGGCCUGGUGUACAGGGACCUCAAGCCAGAGAACGUGCUGGUAUGUGACCCAGCCUGCAGGCGCGUCAAGCUGACCGACUUCGGCCACACACGGCCCCGUGGGACCCUGCUCCGCCUAACCGGGCCGCCCAUCCCCUACACGGCCCCCGAGCUCUGUGCCCCGCCGCCCCUCCCCGAGGGGCUGCCCAUCCAACCUGCCCUGGACGCUUGGGCGCUGGGGGUCCUGGUCUUCUGUCUCCUCACUGGCUACUUCCCCUGGGACCAGCCCCUGCUGGACACAGACCCAUUCUAUGAAGACUUUGUCAUCUGGCAAGCCUCGGGCCAGCCCCAGGACCGGCCACAGCCCUGGUAUGGCCUGUCCCCUGCAGCAGACACGCUGCUGUGGGGCUUGCUAGACCCUCACCCUCGGAAGAGGAGCCCUGUGGGCGCCGUCAAGGGCUACCUGGGGCAACCCUGGAGGCAGCGGGAUGGGGAGGCUGAGGAGUUGGAGCAGGGUGGGCAGUGA